CAAGUCAUCCGUAUUAUGUCGGAACUCAAUCAGGUAAUUCUGAUGAGAGAGAGCCAGCUCUCAUAUUUGCGGUCAGAGCUCAGUUGACUCUUAAAACAGCAGGUGUGUCGCUGUUAUUUUCUUUUUGAAACAGGUGAAGUAGGACGGGCUUGCAACCUGCAGCAUGCUGCUUUGAAUGUUGUUCAUUUACAAACCUUCAGAUCAGGCCUUCUCUGCUAGUCUAAACACUAUGAUGUAGCCUACUGACGUAGAAUUUAAAACCUAAAAUGAAUAUUAGUUCCAUGAAAUUGUGUGAAUUUGCUCCCAACAGUGUGUUGUCUUAAUUUCCUCGCAUUUCCUUUGACUUCACUGCUUCCAGUAAAUUUAUGUGGAUGUUAGAUAUUUGUUGUCCAAUCAGAUUUCAGCCUCUGUGCUGCCAUGUCAUACUAAUCUGCCCAUGGCCUUCAGAAUCACGAGUGUUGGCCCUUUUAUCUUAAACUAUAUUAGCAAAGGGACUGUUUUUUCAACUAAUCGAAUUUCAUAUUCAUCCAGAAUUUUUCCGUCCUCUGGUUGGUCACGUCUGUAGCGAUCUGUGCACAUUAAGACAUUUAAUCAGCAUGUCUGGUGAGUAUGAUGUAUUUUGUUAAGAUGUUUUAUUCCUGUUAUUAGAUAAAUAUUGAUACUGAACGGCUCCAGAUGAUGUGUAAGUGGCACUGUUGCAUGCAGUUAUAUUGCACUUUUGUAUUGAUGGUUUCUAUAAUAACAAAUGAAGAGCCUAUCGCUCUAUAAUGCCAAAUGAAGAGCCUAUCGCUGGAUGGGAGUAGUCUUUUUUAUUUUUAUAUUUUUUUAUACAGCUGCAUAAAAAUAUAUACAAUAUUUAACAAUUGAAAAUGAAGUAAGAGUUUUUUUCCAUUGCAUGCAGAGAAUUCAUUUGAGGUCAAUAUUUCUGAAUUCACUGAUCGCUGAUGUGCACAUCACAGACUGGUAGCCUGUCGUUGCACGUGUGUGUCACUAGGUGCCGUCUCUGAGCAGAGAGGAGCAGCCUGUGGUUCCCUCAUAUCCUUCAGUGUUGGAAUGGGUUCAGCAUCCACGUGCAUAUCUACAUGUAUUCCCUCUCGUGAAACAGCAGUGUCUCAUUGGAUCUUUUACUUAUUUGCACUGUUGAAAGGGACUAUUGGUGAGGAACAUGGAAUAAUAGACAGCAUCCUCUAAACGAGACGACUUUGGACCAAACAGGCGCAAAUGGAUGAAGCAAAUGAGAAAUCAGUAGAAGAUGUCAUCUCCAUGGCUGAUUCAUCAGUCACACUCGAGGACAUUGAAGGGGAGCUGUUCAAAAUUGAGCGACUACGAAACAUCCUUGUGCGGAGAGAAUCAGAGCUGAGAUACAUGAUGGAUGACAUUCAGUUGUGUAAUGAAAUCACAAGGCUGAAGAGAGAGCUGCAGAAACUGGUCUCAAUUCCAGACAAAGACAAGUCCAGGGACGAUAAGACGAGGCAGGAGGAGCUGUUGCAGCAGAUCAGCAAGCUGGUGGAGACCAGAGACUUCCUCGUAGAUGAUGUGGAGUUUGAGCGGCUCAGUAAGGCACAAGGGGGUAUCUGUGAAGACAAGCUUCAACUGUUGAGGUGCCCUACUCCGAUCAGAUCAAGAAAGAGAAGAAGACAGAGAAAUGGCAGCGUUUUUGCAGCCCAGAUUCCAAAAUAUUUUGGGUACAAAAGGUGUUCUGCAAGAUCAGAAGGUGGUGUCCAAAUCUCUGCCCACACCAGCGCCAUUUAUCACUAAAACUGGACUAACGCUACUGAAAGACUGCUGCGGCUUCACGUGCUCCAUCAUGUAACACAUCCGUGUGCUAGCCUACACUUCAUUGUGUGCACAACAACCGCUGAAGGUACUUGGAAGGAAACAGUUUUGGUGAGCCAAACUUGGUCCCCUUAAAGGGUUCAUUUUAACCUGUUAAUUGUUGUGAUUUUACAGUAAGAGCAAAGCGUUAGUGGGUGAAGCUAACUCCUUGUUAGACAAAAGCAAGUUGUGAAAAUAGGCUAGACAUGCAUUCAAAGGUUUACAGCGGGACAAAUUAUGAUCACCUGUAAAGGUUAUAGUCAGUGCAUUUUGGCAUCAGUCUGAAAUUUCACCUGAAAGCCAAAUAAUGUCAUCAAAAUAUAAAAUACACAAACAUAGGUGUGCAUGUUAAUGUGAUGUGGCAUGACAAUAUUGUUUUAUCUUAAGGUGUUUGUAUAUGUACUAUCCAAACUGUCAUAUUUUAUGCAGUCUUGUUAAAUGACCACAGGAGAGAAGCUAAAAAAAGUAAUUCAGUAACAAUUAGCAUCACUGAGAUUAGGCUGUAACUCAUUUUCAUUUUGGAUUUCAGUACCACAAUUAUACAUGUUGAGUAUUAUACAGCAAAUAGUGUAUCUUUCAGUCAGAGUUCACAUCGUGUGCAGAAAUAAAGAUGUUUAUUAAACUAG